AUGGAUGGAUGGAUGGAUGAGCACUGCUGCAGGUGCAGGAAGAAGGCGUAUAAAAAGCAGAGUAUCGGACGCUCCGGUGGUGUGGGAAGAGCAAGGAAGCACGCAAGGAAACGAGGCGUGGAGCCGACGGGAACGAUCAGGAACUGUGCGCCGUGGGGGCGAGGAAAGGGACGGCCGGCUUUGGUUUCACCUGCGUGUUGCGUGGAGGACUCGAGGUCGAGGGGGGCCGCCGGUUCGGUUGUACCGCACGCAACCGCCCGCCGUGGAGGACCCAGCAGCGGUCAAAACGGCCGCGGGUGGUGGGUGGGGAUGCCGCGCGGGCGGAUGGGAUGGGAUGGGAUGGGAUGGUUUGGCCGCUGUUUCGGCCGUUUCCGGGGCGGGCGGGCGGGGCGUGGCGUGGCGUGCGAGGGCGCAGGCGGCUCGGGCUGUCACGUGGACGGAAAGGGGAUCGUCGCUUGGGUUCCUUGCGGUGUUGGGCACGUAUGGUACGACCGGCUGGCAGCCGCUGCGUGUUGGGGCGGGGCGCCGACGACGAGGCCGGCGGGCGUGCGUGCCGCUCGUCCUCUCGUCGACCCGGCGCGGCGGCCAUCAACGUCGGCGACCAGGGGUGGGUUCUGGCUGUUGCUGGGGGAGAUGCAGAUGCGCAGGAGGUUCCGGUUCGGGCUUCAUUCCACCGACCUGUUAUUUUUUGUGAUUUGUAGGAUGGUGUGGCUUUUGAACGAUGUUUAUGACGUUGAACACCGGGCCUAUUUGAUGUCGGAGAAGAAAAUGGAGCUUACGCCCUUGAAGAUCCGGUCUCAUGGGACAUCAACUGUAAUGCAGUACGAUGAGCGGUACACACCAUACAUCGAGAUGACAGGACUCCUUUCAUUCAUUCAGCUUGUGAGUCAGUCAACACCCACUCUGAACGUUGCGGCAGUCACUGCACUCAUUGAUCGGUGGAGGCCGGAGACACAUAGUUUUCACCUCCGGAUCGGAGAGAUGGCAGUUACUCUUCAAGAUGUUUCCAUGAUCACCGCACUUCCGAUCGAGGGGAAGCCUCUUUGUAUGAGCACUGAUUUCGAGGGAUGGCGACAACAAAUGGAGGCCCUUAUUGGUAUGUCGCCUCCAGAGCCGGAGGUAGAAGAUGGAGGGAAGAAAGAUAGAGUCCCGGCUGGCGCUCCUUUCACUUGGAUUGCCGCCAACUUUGCUCAUUGUCCUGAGGACGCAAAUGACGAGGUGAUCCAGAGGUAUGCUCGCGUGUACAUGUGGUACGUCAUCUCUAGGACUAUCUUCGCUGACGGCACCGGCAAGAAUGCUCCAUGGAUGUGGCUGAAGGCAUUGACUGUUUUCGACAACAAGUUCACUUGGGGCUCGGCCGCAUUGGCUACCUUGUAUCGGCAGGUAAUAAACUGUUAA